AUGAAGAGGACACAAGUUAUUCUUUUAUACAUACUCUGGAGUCUUAGUCUUAGUUCUAACCAUGUCAGAGGCUCCUACAAGUUUAAUUCACUUAACUGCGAAUUUUGUGCUCCAGGAAUUGGUCGAUUUUUGCAAUGCAAAAUCAAGGCAAUCGAUCGCAAUCGCAACAAGCUCAGCAUCAAUGCGAUUUUGAAUACAACUGUAUCAGAGCUUGAUAUAGAUUUCAAAAUGGUUAAACGCGAAAUUGGCGGUUGGCAUCCGUUUUUGUACGCGAUGAGGGUGGAUGCUUGCCAGUUCUUCAAGAACCGCAGGAAGUUCUUCAUUCCCAAUCUUAUAUAUUCGUUCAUGAAGGCAUUCACCAAUGUCAACCACACCUGUCCAUACAUGGCUGGCUCAGAGAUGAGUCUUCUGAAUUGGACUCCGGACGAAGAUGGAGUUUUAUCAGUUUUUCCAGUUGAUCAUGGCCAAUAUGGCCUACAAACAACUUGGUACGUGAACAAAGUCUUAGCGUUAAAGCUGAAUGGUUCAGUUCUAUUUUUUAAAUGA